AUGGACCAUGAUUCACAAAUGGAGAGACGUAUUGGAAGCGAGCCACUGAUCCCAACUCGAGGCAUCAGUCCUUCUCAGUUUAUACGACCUCAAAAGGAUCAGGUGUCUCCUAACCCGACCGAACCUUCGAGGUUACAAGGGCUCCCCGAUGAGAUCCUCUUGAUGAUCGUCUCCUGUAUAUCGGACCCAGACGACAAACCAUCCCUCUUCGUCUUCUUCGCCCUCCGUCAGGUCUCUCGCCGAUUCAGACGUCUACUGCAAGCAGAGGAAUUUAUUACCCACCCUUUCUCCCAUAAGGGGUGCUGUCAACUAUGUUCAGAUGGCUGCACAGACAAAUACACAUCGCCAACCUGUCCACCGGGUGGUCGGCAUUGCUUCGACUAUAAGUACUUUGGAGAAGUGCAGAAUAAGAUCUUGGGAGAGGCUCUGUCUAUCAAGGGAAGAUGGGUAGCUAGAGGAUUUAGUGACUUCAUCAGAAGUUACACCACGUGCAAAAACUGCCAGGAAAGCCGGAAGGACAGGAUCAAGGCCGGUUAUUCGACGAUCUGCAAGUUUUCACUUCGCAGCCGUCAGGACUUUCUUCAUUGUCACUCCUGCGAUGUUGACCACCCUUCCGUGUGCUUUUCCCAAGACCAGGCAAAGCUGCCGAAUGGGCGAAUCUGUAUUGCAAAUGAGGGCUAUAUCCGAAUUUGUGAGCACAAGACACUCACCCGAGCCGAUAUACAAUUUCUUCUGCCUAGCGAGGUGCCUGAAGAUAGGCCGUUAUUCCUAACUAGCUGUGACCAUCCCGAUCACAAGGUACCAUGUAACUACAACUUCGACGAUACCGAUCAGACCCCUAGGGUAUUUGUCACAAACCCUGGCGGCUUCGGAGUUAUGCUGCAUAUUCUGUGGCAAGGGCAUUCGGGUAGCGAUCGAUCCAUGCUCCACCAAAGUGGCUAUCUGUAUCGACAUAAGCUCAACGACUCACUCCGAAAGAUUAGACAGAAUGGAGGACAGCUUUUCCUACCACAACGUGGCCCAAAUACGCUACCUGAAUGGAACGCAAUCUCCGAGAUCGACCGUUCUGAAGUAGUGUCAACAGAAGAAGACCUUAUCAAGCUCCGUGGUGGUUGGGGCUACAUGAACCGCCAACGUCGACACAACAUAACCAUUCUAGGCCCCGACAGGAUAGCGUGUGGUCACUGUAGGUACGACAAGAGCUGCAUUGUUGUCAAUUACCAUAGGAAGAUACGCUUCAUGGAUCGGGGCUUGAGCGGUGUGCCUCAUGACUGGUUUCAUGCCAUUGACAAGAAGUCAUACGUCUAUAAUGGACCUGCUGGCGUGCCUGAGGCUUGCAAUAACGACAUCUGUCGCAAUCACUAUGUGGGUAAGCAAGAUCCGGUUAAUAUGUGGAUAGAAAACGUCAAUCAGGCCUGCGAAAUUGGCGACGAUCGUUUUGGGAACAGGACGUGUAUGUUGGUAGCCGAAGAGAAGCAGCCUUAUGAGGAUGAUAGACGAACUUUUGAGUCAUGGAAUGUUCAUGAAAUUGAGGAGUCGGAAGAAGAACCCGCCCCAAGAGAACAACCUACACGAACCUUUGAGUCUUGCGAGGGUUACAGAACUGAGGAGUCAGAAGAAGCUCCCGCCCCAGGAGAAGAACCAACCCGUUUUAACCUGCAUAGUUUGACGACGGCGAUACUUAGGGCUUUUGAUUGGCAAUAUUGGCAAACUGGACGGGCUCAACUCUCAGCCGAUUGA